UCUGCAUGUCUUUUCCCCAUGUUAUCUUCAUUUCCUCCUUACAAUAGCUUGCUUCAAAAGCAAUAUAAGUGACAUUUGACAGCCGGCAAGCAAAUACGACAACAGAAGGAAGGAUUAAAGUUUGAACACUGACAGGACCUUUCCUUUCAGAGAUGGACAGAUCUGACAGAAAAGUAAAAUAGUUCUUGGUAGAACAGAUUUAUAGUAUUAUUUAUUGGUUAUUUUCGAUUUUGUUUUGUUUUUUUGUUGGCUCUGAAUGCCUUUGCCGGUCAAGAUCGCCAACAAACUUCAGAGGUCUGAGUAAGAAGGAGCUGGAUGGUUGACUAAGCUGUGGACGGACACCUACAUCUCAGUAACUCUUCUCCAAGCUACUCCGGGGCACAGGUGGAUUGUGAUCCAGUCAGGAUGUCGGAGAACGGCUUGGCCCCCACGCCGCAGGUGUUUGUGGUGGACAGCCAGGCCACCUACUUAUCCGUGCCCAGUGGCAAGAAGUCAACCUGGGCCAGAGCGGGCCAGAAGUUCCUCCCUCUUCUCCUGACUCUGUUCGCGCUGGCAAUCUUUGUUGAGGGAUAUUUGAUCUACAUGCUUUACCAAAGAACCGAGGCCUUUUCCGGCUGUGUGUCUAAUAAUAUGUGCCAUAACUUGUCCCGUUCUGUGAAGACGGAGCAGCAGAAUGGGAGGACAUCAAGUCAAAUAGGAGCUCCAGAUUCCAAUGAAAUUCCUCCUCUGAAGCCAGAGAAACGGCCCUUUGCUCACUUGAUGGGAGCUCAGAAGUCGAACGGCGAGGUAGUGCAAUGGAAAUCACAGGAUCAUUACGACAAAAGUAGAAUAAAGUACCGCAACAGCCGACUGGUAAUCGAUCAGGAAGGCCACUACUACGUCUACUCCAAGCUGGUAGUGGAUGUUUCGGAGGCGACGUCGCCUAUCUUCCACAAGAUCCAGAGAAAACCCAGUGGCUAUGCUGAGUCUAUAGAGCUUCUGAAGUCCAAAAGUAACUGGAGCCCAGAGAAAAGUCCUGGUGAUGCUGGCGAGGACAAAUGGAGAAGUUUUCUGUCGGGGAUUUUCUUCUUGCAAGAAGGAGAUGAAAUUUAUGUCACUCUGAGCAAAAUGGAAAAGUUGUCUCCUGAGGCCAAUGAAAACUGUCUGGGUGCCUUCUGGCUAGACUCUUAGACAAGAAUAGAAAUGCCUUUGAGCCAGUUCUUUGACCAGUCUGAUAUACAUAUACCACAACUGAUGGGUGUAAUUCUGGAAACAAUGAAAAAAACAAAUAGUUUUGAUAUAAAAGUAUCUGAUAUUCA